CAACAGAAAAUGAAAUAAACUCUAAUGAAUGGAAGGAUGCCAUAUUCCUAGUUCGAAGGAACGACUUACAAGUGCAAAUUAAUUUUGAUGUCACGAUUGAACAUGCCAAAAAUUACGACCAACUGAUCCAUUACGUAAUCACUGAAGACUUGUAUAAAAACAAACCAGUUCAUGGCAACAUACAACAAAAAUUUUUAAGUGUAUCAGAUACAAAAUCAAAUACAUUAUGUGGAAUAUUACCAUUAUCAAUAAGAAUGAAAAUAACUUUAACGACCAAUAUCUGCACCAACGAUGGUAUG